AUGACCCUUCAAGUGACCCCGAUUUCUCCUCCAAAUGGCUCUAAAGUUGAGAUGGGAGCGAUCAUAACCGGUGCCGAUAUGAAUAACUUGACUGAUGAAGAAUUUGGCUCCAUUCGUAACGCCAUAUACACUUACCAAGUUGUCAUUGUCAAGGGCCAACAAGAGCUCAAGCCAAUUAACCAAUUUGAAUUUGUCCACCGGCUUGACCCAGAUACUACUGCUGUUCAUGGCUUUAUGACAGACGAUGUGACAGAUGAUACUGUCGGUGUACUUGGGGGCAAAUUCAAUCUUGUUCCUGGCUCGAAAGGAGUCACCCUGGUUGGACAAGGACACAUAAGUGACAACAAACACGGCAAUCAAGGCUUGACCCUGCGGUCAGGAACUCACGCCGACUUGCAUGUUGAGACACUAUCUGCGGAUGAGCUCGCACGGGGUCAGUCACGAUUUGGUGCUUUCCAUUUUGACGGCGUCAUCUACGGUUCUUACCCAUCGCGUGUAACCACCCUGCGCUGCAUCCAGGCUCCGAAAGGACCUGAAGUGACGAUCCGCUGGGAUGAUGGGACUAAUCGAGUAAUGACUGCAAAUCCUGGGCUUACGGCGUUCAUUAAUAGCGCACAGCUAUAUGAGAUGCUCACGGCUGAAGAAAAGGUGCUGGUGGACCAUAGCAGUUGGGUACCAGCGCCCCAGCCGUAUGUAUGGACAGGAACCCGAAAGAUCCGUAAUUGCGGUGUCGGAAUGGCCUCUGGUGGAACAACUGUGCCACUAGACCAGCUGCCACCAUGGACGGCGGACAAGGUCUAUCGACUCCCUAUGGUGUGGGUCAAUCCAGUGACCGGUGUCAAGUGCUUCCAGAUUCUGCCCGAUGUUGUCCACAAGCUGUACUUCAACUCUGAAGCGGGGGCUGAUGAGCGUGUUGUUGAAGAUGGCGAAGAAAUUCGCCUUUGGCUCAAUGACAUUCUUGAUAGAAUUUGUACUCCUGAGCAUAUUUUGAUUCCGGAGUAUGAGGAGAAUGAUGUCGUGAUGUUUAACAAUUGGGUAUGA